UCAGGCUCUUGGAACGAGUCCUUCACUUUGGCCAAUGCCGCAGUCGCCCAAAUGACCCUCACCGAAAAAUUGGGUGUUGUCCGAGGAACAGGGCAGCUCAACGCCAACCGACGUUGUGUCGGCGAUACUACAGCCAUCCCGCGCCUUGGGAUUCCCUCCAUUUGUUUUCAAGACGGACCAGCGGGACUGCGGCUCAUAAAGAAUGUCACUGGAUUUCCCGCAGGUAUCAAUGCCGCCGCGACUUUUAGCCGGCGGCUGAUUCGCGCGAGAGGCCAAGCGAUUGGAGAGGAAUUUCGCGGAAAGGGUGUCCAUGUGUUUUUAGGUCCAGCUAUGGAUAUCAUGAGAAAUCCCAAGGCUGGUCGUGCCUGGGAAAGUUUCGGACCGGAUCCAUAUCUCAACGGUGAAGGCGCCUACGAGACCAUCAUCGGUGUGCAGAGCGUUGGCGUGCAGGCUUGCGCGAAGCAUUUCAUUGCUAAUAAUCAGGAACACUGGCGCUUUGGCUACACCUCGAAUAUUGACGAUAGGACUCUUCAUGAAAUAUACUUUUAUCCCUUCCUUCGAAGUAUCGAGGCCGACGUUGCUUCUGUUAUGUGCGCAUACAACCGCUUCAACGAAACUUCUUCAUGUCAUAACGCCGGGAUCCUUGGGUCGAAUGGGCUAUUGCGGGUGAAUGGAUUUAAUGGGUAUGUUGUGAGCGACUGGGGAGCGACACACGAUGCUGCCAGCGAUAACGCAAAUGCCGGAGUAGACAUGGAGCAACCUGGAGACUAUAUAGUCGAGUCUUUCAGUGGGGGCUUGGAGUCUGCUGUCAAGAGUGGCUCGGUUUCUACUGAUAGGCUCAGCCAGAUGGUCGCCAGAAUACUCGCUCCUUGGUAUCAUCUUGGUCAAGAUUCUGGCUAUCCCCCCGUCAAUUUCGAUGCCCAGAAGAGCGACGGCUCCGGACCUCGGAAUUUGAAUGUUAACGUAAGAACCGAUGCACAUACGAACCUCGUUCGUGAGAUCGCAUCCGCUUCAGCCGUCUUGCUGAAAAACAACCGCACGACGACGACUGGUCUACCACUUGCGCAAUCGAUGAUAAAGACGAUUGCUGUGGUUGGGCAAGAUGCCAAGAUCCCGAAUCUCAACUGUAAUGACCUAAACGAAUGUAAUGAUGGCACGAUGUCCAUCGGAUGGGGCUCGGGAUCGAAUUCCCUUCAAUUUAUCAUUCCUCCUAUCACUGCAAUAACUUCCUUUGUGGGUUCCUCGGCGACAAUUACAUCGUCACUGUCGAACAACUUGAAAGAUGGAGUCAAUGCUGCAAGGGCCAAGGAUGUGGCAUUCGUCUUUGUAAAUGCUAUGAGUGGUGAACUAGGUUUCUAUGAUGUUGUGGUGGGCAACAUGGGCGAUAGAAAUGACCUUGAUUUGUGGUGGAGUGGCGGCAGGCUGGUUGAGCAAGUAGCAGCGGUCUGCAACAACACUAUCGUCAUUGUGCAUUCUGUGGGACCUGUGUACAUGCCUUGGAGUACUCACCCGAACGUCACCGCUAUUAUCUAUGCAGGGGCCCCAGGAGAGCAGACCGGACCUUCGAUCGUCGAUGUUAUGUAUGGAAAAUACAACCCGAGCGGAAGAUUACCAUUCAGCAUUGCAGAUGAAACUGCUUAUGCGACUUCCAUCGUCUACAACAGCCUUGGGUUUCCAACGAUUGAAUACAAGGAGAAGCUUCUUCUUGAUUACCGGUACAUGGAUGACCAGAACAUAAUGCCGCGCUUCGAAUUUGGAUUCGGACUUUCCUACACGACGUUUUCGUACUCUGGGCUGUCCAUCGCCUCUUCAGGAGAUGACUCACGAUUGAUAAAGUUCACCGUGACCAACACGGGUGUGUUUGCGGGAUAUGAGAAACCACAGCUGUACCUUGCAUACCCGUCGAGUGCGGGGGAACCGAAGAGGGUGUUGAGAGGCUUUGAGGAGGUUGAGUUGGAUGUUGGUGCGAGUUCUAGUGUUUCGUUCAAUCUCAGUCGGAGAGAUAUGAGCGUUUGGGAUACCCCCAGUCAGGUGUACGUGCGUCCUACUGGAACUUUUACUGUACACGUUGGCGCGUCAAUCAGGGAUGUGAGAUUGACGGGCACCAUAUUGGUUUAACUUUUUUGUUUGUUUGUUUUCUUUUUCGAAAAUACCCUUGUUCUCAGC